CAACACGUACGAACUGAGCGCUGUUAAUAACGCGAGAUUAGCGACCAAUGUUAAAUAUCCUCCUGUGCUCCGGUACACGGACAUGACGGUGAAAUCCGUGUGACCGAAGAGUGAGGGCGCUUCUGAACACGAUCGCGCGGGCUCGUCAUCGACGGAUCGAGCGAUGGAUCGCGGCGGGUGUCGGAUGAACGGAGGCGGCGGUGGGGAUAUGAUCUCGCUGGAGGACCUGGAGUCCGUGUCGGAGGAUCAGCUGUCAGACAGUCCCGAGGAGGAGCUGGAGGACCAGGAGGACCAGGAGAGACUCCUGCGCUACUGGAGAGAUGUGGCGCGAGGACACCAGGUGGAGGUGCCCACAGACAUGGCCGAACCCAUCCAGCAGAUCACCAGCAACAACGACGGCACACACACACGGGAGCAGGUUCCGCACACACUCCUCACACGCAAGGAGAAGUGCGGGGAGGUGGUGUACGAGAAGCGGCGCUAUGAGAAGGCGCACUGGGCCUGCAUCACGGUUCACGAGGACACGUAUGAACAGAGCAUCUGCUACGGCUUCAUGAAGAUCAUGAGGUUCAUCUGCCAGCAAAACACAGCAGGGAGCUACCUGGGCAUGACCAUACCCAUCGUGACGGUGGUGCGCACCGACGAGAUGCACACCACUCUGUCCCGGGCCGUCACUGUGGCGUAUUACCUUCCCAUGGUGCACCAGGGCGACCCGCCGCGACCCCACGACCCCGAGAUCGCCAUCGAGCAGUGGCCCGACACUGUCGUCUACAGCAGGGCCUUCACGGGCGCCACUAACGAGCGGUCCAUCAUUAGUGAGAUCAGCGGUCUGGCCGAGGCGCUGGACUCUCCGGGCGACUGCGUGAACGACUCCUUCAUCGUGGCCGGAUACACCAACCCAGCGGCGGCCAAUCGGCAGAACGAGAUCUGGUUCCUGGAGAGGCCUUGAGCUGCUCGCUUUACCCACAAUCCUCUGCUCCUCUGAGUCCACACGUCCUAGUUCCUGAUUACCCAUGAGCACUGCUCCUCGCUGUCGUCUGAUGAACACGAGCAGAAGCUCAUUUAUAUGCGCAACACUGAUUAUAAGCUACUACACCAAUGCAGACACCACAACUGGAAGUGAGUCACUC